CAGUCAUAAGCCACGCCCCCUGAACAUGGCGGAUGAAGCCUCAUGUUCGUUUGUUGACACCUGCUUGUACUGUUAAUUUAUGUUAAAUUUGUCUAGUUAAAUCUCCUAAAUAUGUCGAGACUCAUCGUUAAAAAUCUUCCCAACGGGAUGAAGGAGGACAGAUUCAGGACCAUGUUUGCUGCCUUCGGCACAGUCACAGACUCUUCUCUCAAGUUCACCAAAGACGGCAGGUUCCGAAAGUUCGGCUUCGUGGGCUUUAAACUGGAGAAAGAGGCAAAGCGAGCUCUGAGUCAUUUUAAUAAGAGCUUCGUGGACACCUCCAGAGUGACAGUGGAGAUGUGCAAAGCUUUUGGAGACCCCACUAAAGCAAAGCCUUGGAGUAAACACAGCCAGAGCUCCAGCUUGGACAACCCCCCCGAUUCAGCUGGUGGCAAAAAGAAAAAGAAACAGAAAAAAGAAGCCAACAGCGCACUGGGAGAUCUGGAGGAGGAAGAAAAAUUCAAGGAGUUUAUGUUGGUACAUCAAAAUCGUAACCAAGCACCAACCUGGACAAAUGACACUGUCCAGCAGUCAGCUGGUAAUGACAGCGGAAGGAAAAAGUCUCAGAACAAGAAGACACCUUCAGAUGAUUACCUCAACUUUGAUUCAGACCAGCCAGAUGAGGAGGAAUGUGAAGAUCAGGAAGGUGUCUCUAAAGAAGCUCUGAAGUCCACCCUGUCGGACAUGGAGUACCUGCGCUCAAAGGUGGCUCAGCCUGAGCGUACUAUGGAGGAGAGUGGAGAGGAAGAUGAUGGUGAAUAUGGUCAUAAUACAGAUGAGGAUAUUGGCUCCACACAGCAGGCAGGCAGCACUCAUGACAGUGGUGACAGUCACAACAUCUCAAAGCCCAAAACUUCACUUUCCUCUGUUGAUAGGAAGAGCAAAGUAAAGAAAACUGCAAAGCAAGAGACAGAGCCAGCAACAGACUUCACAGUGAAACUGAGAGGAGUUCCAUUUAACGUCAAGGAGCAACAAAUACGAGAGUUCAUGACCCCGCUGAAGCCUGCAGCCAUCAGAAUUGGAAAGAAUGAAAGCGGCAAUAGAACAGGUUACGUAUAUGUGGAUUUGCAUUCUGAAAAGGAGGUGGAAAAGGCUUUGAAGAAGAAUAAAGAUUAUAUAGGGGGGCGUUACAUUGAGGUUUUCCGUGUGGACCUGUCUGUGGGUCGAAGCAAGAAGGACAAAACGGAGAAGGAAAUCGACAGAAACUUCACCAGGAAGCUCAAAGACGAUGAAGAGGAAGAAGACGUUGCAGAGUCUGGUCGACUGUUUAUCCGAAAUCUUCCGUAUACUUGUACUGAGGAAGAGAUCAAAGAUUUAUUUGCUGAACAUGGUCCUCUGUCUGAGGUGCUCUUCCCUAUUGACGGUUUAACAAAGAAACCUAAAGGAUUUGCUUUUAUAACCUACAUGAUUCCAGAGCAUGCUGUGAAAGCUCUCGCCCAGUUAGAUGGACAUAUAUUUCAAGGCAGGAUGCUUCACCUGCUUCCAUCCACUGUGAAGAAGGAUAAGACUGAAUCUUCAGACUCUGCUGGUCCUGGCUCCUCGUCUUACAAGCGGCAAAAAGAUGCUAAAAAUAAAGCUUUAAGUUCCAGCUCCCACAACUGGAACACCUUGUUUCUGGGAACAAGUGCAGUGGCAGACACCAUUGCUGAAAAAUACACCACCACCAAAAGCCAAGUUCUGGACCAUGAGUCAAAGGGAAGCGUUGCUGUGAGGAUGGCCCUGGGAGAGACCCAGAUCGUUCAGGAGACUCGAGAGUUCUUACUUGAUAAUGGUGUGAGUCUGGAUUCUUUUAGUCAGGCAGCAGCUACAAGAAGUUCAACUGUGAUCUUGGUGAAAAACCUCCCAGCUGGAGUGGAGGUGCCAGAGCUGGAGGCACUCUUCUCGCCUCAUGGCUCUUUGGGACGAGUGCUGCUGCCCCCUUCAGGACUCACUGCCAUCGUUGAGUUCCUGGAACGAACUGAAGCAAAACGAGCUUUCACAAAGCUGGCCUACAGCAAGUUUCAUCAUAUCCCGCUGUAUUUGGAGUGGGCACCCGUAGGUGUCUUUGUAGAAGCCAAACCCAAACCAGAGUUGGACAAAGAAGAGUCAUUGAAAGAGGAGGAGGAGGAGGAAGAAUGUGCUCCAGGUUCCACACUUUUUAUUAAAAAUCUGAAUUUCAGCACAACGGAUGAGAAACUGCAGGAGGUGUUCUCCAAAUGUGGGAAAAUUGUAUCCUGCACGAUCUCCAAGAAGAAAGACAAAACAGGUAAGCUGUUGUCCAUGGGAUACGGUUUUGUCCAGUACAAGACUGCAGAGGCAGCACAGAAAGCCCUCAGGCAGCUACAGCACUGUACUGUGGAUGAACACCAGUUAGAGGUGAAGAUUUCAGACAGGGCAACAAGGUCCCCUGUGGUGUCGCACAAGAAGAAGCAAGUUGACAAAAAGCAGACUGGGUCCAAGAUUCUUGUGCGGAAUGUCCCCUUCCAAGCCAGUGUCAAGGAAGUCAGAGAACUUUUUUGUACAUUUGGAGAGCUGAAGACAGUCCGUCUUCCAAAGAAAGCAGCUGGGUCAGGCAUCCACAGAGGCUUUGGCUUUGUUGACUUCCUCACCAAACAGGAUGCAAAGAAAGCAUUUGCUGCAUUGUGUCACAGCACUCAUCUGUAUGGGCGACGACUUGUGCUGGAAUGGGCUGAUACUGAGGAAACGCUGGAAACAUUAAGACGGAAAACAGCUGAACAUUUUCAUGUGGCCCCCAAAAAGCAUCGGAAAGCAGAUGUUUUGGAUGGAAUUCUGGAUACUAUGGAAACUGAAGCAGAUGGGGAAGACUGAAGUCCACAAGCUGUCUCUCAAAAACCUUCCCAAAAAUGACACUGAAUAAAAUAUGGACAUGGGAGGGAUGUGGACAAGGAGCAAUAUCAAAUCAUUUAUCAUCUAAUUUAAGUUUUUAUGUGGCCUCUGAAUUUUUUAGCGAUUAGGAGCAUUGUACAGAAUCAGUGUGUUUUAUAUCAAAUUUACAUGU